UCGAAGCUCUAUGUAACGUUUUCAAGCAAACCAUGAUGGACUGCAUCAAGUACUUUGGUUGGGCCACUUACGAUUUUCCAACUGACUUUAGUAUCCAAGUGAUCGCGAUAGUAUUCAAACGGCCCAUCAAGCUACAUUAGCGGCUCUAAGCAUUUUAUAAUUCGGGUUUGGCCCAAGAAAACAAGCUAACAAAAUUUUAAUAACCAUACAAGUUGACAAUUUAAUCAAACGUUUAUUAUUAUCAACUAAGUAAUUUGUGUUUUGGUUAAUGUUAUAAUUUCAAAAUGGCUAAAUACAUUUCAAAAUUGUUAUUUCCCAUGCUUCUUCUUUUCAUCUGCAUUGUUCAAUUAACAUCAUCUACUGUACAACCAAGAGCACCAAAUUUCCAAUAUUUUGAAAGGCCAAAAUAUCGAUACCCUUAUUAUGAUGAAAAUGGCAAAGGAAAGUUACUUUAUGGUUAUGGAGGUCCCGAACUCUAUCAAUAUAAAACAUACACACCGUUAGAAGGAAUUCAUUGAUACCAAAAUUUAUAACAAAUUAUGUACCUAUACUCCUAUUUAUUUCUUUUUUGUUUUAAUUGCGUGUAUGUGGAUGGAAAAAUGGUGACAAAACGUUUCCAAGUAAUAGAUUUAAGUUUAAGGAAUUUGUUGAAAUAAAAAAACAUAUAUGUAAAUUUAAAAUUUAA